CGCAAGAUGUAUAGACUAUUUAAAGGAGUUACUAUGUCUCGUCAUCUCAAUGGAGGAACAUCAUUCACAUCCCUCACUUAAUACAUCGCCUCCAGUCGGCCACGAUACAUCCUAGACAAUGUUUUCUCACACUCUUGUUUACCUAGCCGCUACUAUAGCUGCCAUGAUCCAGCCUGCCCUAGGGUUGCCCACUGAGCAGGUUGAAGCCCGGCAGACUGUAUGUUCCCUAAACGAGAACACUUGGACAGCUACCAUGACUGGAACGUGCUCCAUUGAUGGAGGCCCUGCUAUGACUUGUGAUAUGAGAACCGAUCUCAAGACACUCGUCGUACAGAGGAAUACAAUGAUAAGCGCCUCAGGCCUGGGCAACAACAAAUUCGAAUGCAAAGGAUACCAGCAAUGGCAAUGCUGCUCUUCUUGAGUAUAGCACUCAGUCUGAAUACGAGCUCGGAGGUAGUAUAUCAGAG